AUGUCGGGGCCCUAUCGCUUCCCGCAACAAGACCGCAUAACGUCUCCUUUAGACCAGCGCCCCCCGAACCCUUUCACCGCCGGCCAGCCCCCGUCGUUCAAGACCAACAUCAACCGCAACAAGACAAGGAAGUGGGUGCAGGCGAAGGCAUUUUCAUACGACGGCGACGAUUGGGGCGACUAUGACGAGGACGAUGAGUACGGCGUGGCCGCCCACGCCUCGCAGAACCCCCAGGCUCCCACCGGCCUGAGGCAGCGCGGCCAGAGUGUAGACAAGACUGGCGCGUCGCGGAGCUUCACUGAGCCCGUUCAAGUUCAAGCUCCCGAGCCUGGUCGUCGCUCGUCCUUUGACUAUGGCGACGACAAGAGGGCCUUUUCGGCCUCGCUGAACCACGCGCAAACGAUGCCGCCGCCUAUCGAUACGUCAGUACGAGAAGGGAGCGCUGCAGGGAAAGCGCCCGCCGUCGCGGCUGCGCCUGGUGCGCAUCCGUCGCAGCAGGUGCUGUCCUCGUCUCCGCAGCCAUAUCAGGAGCCGGAAUCCGCGCAGAGCCGCGUCUCCAGUACAAGCUGGGACCCGUCAGUAGUGAGUGACUCUUCUGCAUAUCAGGCCCCUCAACUCCGCCGCGACUUCUCCGUAUCUGCCCUUCCACCCCCUCUGCAAAUGAGGCCGCACAACACAUCCACUCCCACUGCACCCCAGGAAUCACCAUCUUCCCGCUUUCCGCCCCGGAAAAGCAGCCUCAGCCAGGCGUCAGCAGAACCGGCCCCGGCCGGUGAUUUGGCGCAGUCAACACCAACAGCGUCUCGGCAGCGCGCCCUCAGCAACCCCAAUAAGCCCCUGCCCUUCAUCCGCCCAGCCGAUAUCUACAAGCGCGUGGAACAGGAGCGUAGAAAGGCAUCAAUGGACUCAGAGAGGCCAAGCCUGGAUUUCGCGACUCGCCCGUCGCAAGCUGAGUUGCAAUCGCCGGGUGUGAGAUCAACGGGCAGCUCGGAUGGGCUCGAUCGCGGCCACAGUCCCAUUGUGGAGCGCUACGAUGGCGGAAGGGGACAGAACUUGGCCCCGCUUGAGACUGUCGCCGAGAGGAAGAGCGAGUACCUGCCUGAAUUUUCACUCGUCCAAGCCGAAAAGACAGCAAAGGCCGAGUCUCAACAGGCUACACCUUCGCAGUCUGGCCCGCCGCAGAUAUCAGCGCUGCCUGAUGUUCCGGUGUCGUCUUUCGGCGCGGACUUCUGGGGUUCUGCGGAGAAACCUUCCACAUCAUCCUCCAGUGCGCAGGACCUUGCAGAGGCUAACGAAGUCCUUCCGCAGCCCGAGGUCGGUCCCUCCGAAGAAGCGUCUCUCCAUCACCAGCCUUCGCACGGUUUCCGUACCGCUGUUCGUAAUGCAUUCGAUCGCAAAGACGAUAAUUCCGUCCCGCCUACUCCGGUGUCUAAAUCAAACUCGCUUUCUGCUGGUGGAAGUGGUGUCUCCAGGAGUAAUACCGAUAGCACAGCUGGCAUCAGCCCCAUCAUGAGCAGGGUGCCUAGCGGCGCAAACCCUACCUCUUGGAAGAAAGACAUGGAGAAUGCCACGCCUGCUAUUGCUGAAGAGCCCGCUGUUGGAUCAAGACCGGCUUCAUCGGGGACACUCCUUGCGCACUCGAGAAACGGAUCUGGGAGCUCGAUUCCACGCAUUGGAACGCCGACUGGUAGACGACCGCUGGGAACUCCUAGUCCGAGCCAAAGCCCCGCCAGAUCCCCCUUCAUUGAGUCCGCGAAGCCAGUGCCCGCCGGUGAAUCUGGCGAGCUCAGUGGGGUCAGUCCCCUUGACCCGGCGAGCCCCACCAACUUCGCCACGCGAGAGGCCGAUCUAGUCUCAUCCCCCUCAAGCAAUAACAAGCGCACUAGUGCUAACAUGGGAGCGGAGGAGAAACAGGCACAAACGUCGUUUUUGGAACACCAACGCAAAUCUGCCGGUGGAGCAUCACCCGAACACGGCUCCCCCGUUGCCAGGGCAGAAUCACCUACAAAGGGAAGGGUCCGUGAUCUCGCGGGGAAAUUCAACGACAUCGUUGGCUCAAGACGCAAUUCGACGCAAUCAAUUUCUUCCAUCAAAAGUAACGGAUCCGCAAAUAAGAGACUCUCUAGGUCGCCCUCUCCAACGAAGGAGACGGCCACGGAGCGCCCGCAACCCGGAAGGGAAGCCAGUUUCAGGCCAAAGCUGCCUGGCACGUGGGAGUCGUACAGCACUGUGGGCCAGCCGUCUCCCGACAAGGAAAGGCAGGAGCCCGUUAUGGAGUCAGUGCAGGAACGCGAAGAUAUGCCGCCAACUAAGAACAAUGAUGCUCUUGGUGAAGCGGACAUAACCCCGACAACGGCGAAGCACCCUGUCGAUCACAAGGAUGCCGUCGAUCCGGUGCAUGAUCCUGUGGGAGCUCUGGCUGCGGCAGGGGCUGCCAUUGGAGAAUCGAUCAAGUCUACCGUUGCCCCAAGGCAGCGGAGCCCGGCCAAGUCCGAACCUGAGUCUUGGGAAGGUUCCAACGCGUCGGACGAGCCGCCAAGGGUCGAAGAGGAAAGGAAGGGCAGGGCGGUCGGCGAUGUGUAUCUUCGGCCGCUGCAGCUGGACAGGACAGCAUCGUCGAUCGCGUCGUCGAGCGGCGCGCCAACCCCGACUGCCAAUGAUGGCGAUCGCGAGGAUUACUCGCCUGUAAAGGCGCCUCCACCACUCAUGUCAUCCAGGAGCCCGUCCCUUCAGCCGCCGGGACUGGAUAGUCGUGGCAAUGGGCAGGCAUCCCCGGAGGAAUACAGCCCGGGUCCUGACACAUCUGAUUUGGCGACGGAUAGGCUGACGGCGGACAUCAUGAAGCGGCUCAGCACUCCUAGUCUGGUUGGCAGUGUCCAAGAGGCUAACCGUUCUGUCACGCCGCAGCCGCCUGCUCAAGAGAUGCCCCAAGCCUUGCAGGAGGAGAACCGUGCCAGCUCCGUGGUGCCGAGCGAGUACGAAUAUUACUGGGCCGCUGGCGGUGAAGAUGCAAGCGGCGGCGGCUCGGGCCACGGUGCGGCCCCGCAAACCACAGUGUCGGAUAGCACCAUUCGCACGGUUGAGCCAGAAGGGCCGCCGGCACCUGCAGGUGACAGCUCGUCGCGGGCUGGUUUGUUGACGAAGAAGUUCAGUUGGGAGGGACAAGAAGGUGCUGGAAAUGCCGCCGCUCAGGCCUCUCCGGCCGGAGCACAGGCGCCAGCCGCCAGCAAAGAGAGCGCACCGACCGCUCCUGGAGCUGACAGCUCACACUUUGCGGCAGCCCAGCAGUCUGAGGACGGCCCGUCGGUCGCCAAGGCCAUCGCUGAGUUGCCCGAUGCGCCAGGACUCCAUUCUGAUGGCCUGCACAUUGUGAACCCAGAGCCCGAGCUUGACAGCUCGUCGGCGUCAGGUGUGGAGCUCGAGGCCCCUGCAGCCCCGAAUCAGCCACUCAACGCGGACGCGUGGCGAGCACAGACAAACGAUGUCGAUCCCCCAUCCUCGCAACCUUCAUUCACGUCGGCUCAACCAGCGCCUUUUGGAGCCGCGCAGCAGCAGGAGCAGCGUGUCCCCCUGUUCCGGGAGAUCCUUGCGCUGAAAUCGCCCGAGGAGCGCCUGGCCAAGUAUCAGCAGACGCGCGAGCAGUUUGCCAACAUGGACACGGGCCUCCGCAACUGGGUCUCCACUGCUCUGGCUAAUAAACCAGAGCACGCCGAGCUCGCAAAUCUUCCAAAGCAACCGCUGCCACCCAUCCAAAGCACCCACACCAGCAGCGGUGGCGGCCUGAUGAUGCGCCACAAGCACAAUGUGUCGGUUUCGCACUUCACGACGGGCUUCCGCAAAACCAGCCAAACCGCCGCCGGACUGACGUCGGGACCCAGCGCACACGACACGAUUUCCAGUCCCACGGAUGGUGGCCAGUCAAACAGCGCCGGCCGUGAGAAGAUGCAGGUCAGAGGCAAAGACUUGCUCAAGGGCGCCGGUGUUCUGGGCGGAAAGGGAAUGAAAGAGGCGAAGGGUCUGUUCGCCAAGGGAAGGAGCAGGUUCAGAGGCGAAAGCAAGGUAGAUUGA